UCCUCCAUAUUAAACAGUAAACUGAAACAAAUUAUUAGUCUCUCAUUUUCUUACCUCUAAGCGAAUAUGUCUCACAACCUUUAAAAUCAAUCCCACAUAAAUAUAUAUUCGGAGAAAAUAAGAAGAAAAUCAAAAUUUUACCAAUCUUGUUUCUUUGAAUUCCCUUAAAUAUGCCAGAAGGAGUGCUUGAAGUUCUUCUCGUGAGCGCCAAAGGCCUCGAGGAUGCGGACCUCCUAUGUAAGAUGGACCCAUACGUUAUUAUAACGUAUAGGACUCAAGAAAAGAAGAGCACUGUUGCAUCAGGUAAAGGGACUACCCCCGAAUGGAAUGAGACGUUCUUAUUUGAUGUUACGAGUAAUGAUGCAACGGAUUUAAAGGUCAAAAUAAUGGAUAGCGAUGGUGGUGUGGGUGCGGAUGACUUAGUUGGUCACGCGAGUAUCCCGUUGGAUGCGUUGUUUCGAGAUGGAGAUAUUCCAGCAAAGUCGUAUAACAUUAUGAAGGAUGACGCGUAUUGUGGUGAGAUCAGGAUUGGCCUCAACUUUACAGUCCAGAAAAGUCGAGGUUUUGAUCCAACAGAUGGGAACAUUGGUGGAUGGAAGCAAUCAGGUCGUGAUUAGUUAUGCAGAGACUCAUGAAAAUAUCAUUUAUUUCCUUUUUUACUCAACGUUGAAAUGUAUGUAAUCAUGUAUUUUCUCCCUUCCGUGGUAAACCUAUAUAUAGAAAGUUAAACUACCCUUGAUAUAUGUGAGUUUGA